AUAAAACCGUUGAAUUCCCUCCUCACAUCGGGUGUUCACACCAGCAUCCUCUGAGUCUCCGCCUGUCUGUCUUUUUCUCUCCCGUCUUUGGGAGUUCCGCUCUUCUCCCACAAAAAUACACCAAAAAUUAUCUCUCCCUCUCUCAUCACCCCACUUCCCAAUUCCAAUUCUCAUUCAUUUCCGUCUCUCAUUCUCUCUCUAACAAGUGAGAAACAAUGGAGAGCUUUGCCCUCCACUCUCUCUCCACCUCCUCCUUCUCGCUCUCCACCUCCUCCUUCUCUCUCUCCACUCGCGCUUCCCUCUUCCGCCGCUCAAACCCCAUUCUCAAAUCCCCACCCUCCAUCUCCAAAAGCCCCAAAUCAUCUCCCGCCCUCCGAUCACCAACCCCCUUUGCCUCCGAACCCAUCUCCUUCUCUUCUCCCUCAAAACUCAACAAAACCCACUUCCCAAUUCAAGCCUCUCAAUCUCCACAGCUUCAAACCACUCUAAAACCACCACCAGAGGCCCCUCAAGGCGCCAAGCCCAUCCCCCUCAUCAUCUCCAUCGCCAUAGGCCUUGUCGUGCGCUUCUUGGUCCCCAAACCAGUCGAAGUCUCCCCACAAGCCUGGCAAUUGCUCGCCAUUUUCCUAUCCACCAUUGCCGGCCUGGUUCUGAGCCCAUUGCCCGUCGGCGCUUGGGCCUUUCUCGGCCUCACAACCUCCAUUGUCACCGGGACUCUGCCCUUUACGACGGCGUUUAGUGCUUUCACCAGUGAGGUGAUCUGGUUGAUUGUUAUUUCCUUCUUCUUCGCUCGUGGGUUCGUGAAGACCGGCUUGGGAGAUCGGAUUGCCACUUAUUUUGUGAAGUGGUUGGGGAAAAGCACACUGGGUUUGUCUUAUGGGUUGACAAUAAGCGAGGCACUUAUUGCUCCGGCAAUGCCGAGUACCACGGCCAGGGCUGGUGGUGUUUUCUUGCCUAUUAUUAAGUCCUUGUCCCUCUCUGCCGGGAGUAAACCCGAUCACCCCUCGAAAAGAAAGCUGGGUUCUUAUCUGGUUAUGUCUCAAUUUCAGUCCGCUGGUAACUCUAGUGCUCUUUUCUUAACGGCUGCAGCGCAAAAUCUGUUGUGCCUUAAAUUAGCUGAGGAGCUUGGGGUGAUAAUUUCAAGCCCUUGGGUUUCUUGGUUCAAGGCUGCUAGCUUACCAGCAUUUGUUUCGCUUCUAGCUACUCCGCUAGUCUUAUACAAGCUAUAUCCUCCAGAAACCAAAGACACGCCUGAUGCCCCUGCCAUGGCUACAAAGAAACUCGAGCAUAUGGGUCCUGUCACGAAACAUGAAUUCAUUAUGGUUGGCACAAUGCUUCUUGCUGUCUCUUUGUGGGUCUUCGGAGAUGCUCUUGGUAUAGCAAGUGUUGUAACUGCAAUGAUUGGCUUAUCUAUACUCCUUUUGUUAGGAGUCCUUGAUUGGGAUGACUGCUUAAGUGAAAAAUCAGCAUGGGAUACAUUGGCUUGGUUUGCUGUUCUAGUGGGUAUGGCUGGCCAAUUGACAAACCUUGGUAUCGUAAAUUGGAUGUCUAAUAGUGUUGCCAAUACCCUCCAGUCUUACUCUUUGAGCUGGCCAGCUGCAUUUUGUGUUCUUCAGGCAGCUUACUUCUUCAUCCACUACCUGUUUGCAAGUCAAACUGGUCAUGUGGGUGCUUUAUACUCUGCAUUUCUUGCCAUGAACUUGGCAGCUGGGGUACCUGGCGUGUUGGCAGCAUUGGCUUUAGCUUAUAAUACAAAUCUUUUUGGGGCUUUAACGCAUUAUAGCAGCGGUCAGGCUGCUGUAUACUACGGAGCUGGUUAUGUUGAUCUUCCUGAUGUAUUCAAAGUGGGCUUUGUGAUGGCUAUUAUUAAUGCUCUCAUCUGGGCAGUAGUAGGAUCGUUCUGGUGUAAAUUUUUGGGCCUCUACUGAUUUUCAUUUUCCAUGCAAGAAGAUUAUUGGUAUUCCCUGCGUAUUAUCUUUUUUUCUUUUUUUGGUCUGAACCCAGCGUAUUAUCUUGAGGGCAGGAAUUGAGACCAUCAUUUUAUCACAUACAAGAUUUCAAAGCGAUUAGUUUAUUUUAAUU